GUGCCGACCGUCACGCAGGACGCCUUUUCCGAGGCAUGGCACGACACACCAUAUUCGUCCUGUGUCUUCGCUGGGGCACGAUGUCGAUCACAACGCCUUCGCCACAACAUCGCUGAGCUUGCCUCGGGGCCACCUUUGUUGUGCCAGCAUUUUCACGACCCCUCCGAGUGGGACCCACGCUGGGUCGAUGGCGAGCUGUGGUCCCCUAACCAGGAGGGAGCACAGGUCACGGCUCCGCUGGCCUUCUUCAUCGCAGUCUCGGCGUCUUGGUGGGCAGCCCGGCGCGGCCUGGCGGUGGUUCAGAUACAUAGGCUGCCCCCGGUGGAGAUCACCGGCAGGAGGGAGCAUUGGCUUCGAGUUGCCCCCGAGGCCCUACGCUCGGCGGCCAUGGCGCCCUUGGCAAUCUCUUUGGGUCUGCGACCCGGGCAGCUCCCAGCCGGGGACCAGUUACCAGUGAAGGCCUUGGCCGAGGAGCGAGUGGUUGCAAAAGGUUUGCUGCGGGAUGGUUGCGUUUACGUGGGUCAGGGCAACUACCAGCGCAGACUACCCACCUCAAAGUGGCGUAACCCCUGGGUGGCUGGUCUCACCUGUGAUCCAGGGCAAGCCUUGGCGCGCUACGCCGACUUCGUCGCCGCCGAGUUAUGGCACGAUCUUGAGGAGCUGGUGGGCCUGACCCUCCUCUCCGACACCCCCAUGGAGGUUCCGUGCGAGGCAGACGUGUUGGCGGGGCUCCUCUUCUUUCGCUUUGGCGGGGGCGAGCAUCUCCCUCACCCCAAAGCGGCUGGUCUUUGGUUACCGAGCACGGCGAAGAUCCGAGAAGCGUGGGCCGCAGGUCGAGUGAUCGGGCAGGCGGUACCUGUCCCCUUCCAGCAAGAGGCGGUUAUUCUACGGUUCCGGAAGCUGUUCCCCGCCGAAUGGUUCCGGGGAUUUCGCUUCCCCAUGGUCGAGGACCUUCUCAACCAGGCCCCCUUCGACACUUUUUGCAGAUACCUCGCGGCACGGGGCGACGAGUGGGAGGGACCCCUCGUUCCGGUUGCCGCCGAACGACAGCAACGCUUUCGACAGCGUACGGCCGAUGGGUUGCAGACUGGGGCCUCGACGCACCGGGCUGCCUUGCCCCCUCUUUUACCAUUCGGCCUUUCAGUGGAUGAGCACUUCGAACAGUCGCUUCACUUGGGCACCCGGCGCACGGCUUCGCGCCCGACAACCACAAGCGCUUCGGCGAGCCAUCCAGCAGCGGGACCUUGGCUUCACGGCGUUGCUCAUCAUCCUGGCCAGUGGGGAGACGUGACCUAUGCGCAUGGGCUGGUCAAGGGUCUUCCGGCGGUUGGGUUCGCACCGCCUUAUGGAGUUUUCCCUGUCCAGGAAGCCGUGCCGAUCAGCAUCGAGGAGGUCUUGGGGGAUUGGCAGAAGCACAAUGCCGAGACAAUCCGGCGGCUGAAGCCGGGCCGCCUGGAUCAGGUGCUGCUGGAACAAUCGUUGGCUGAUGCAGCCCAGGGCUUCUGCUCCGAGCCGUUGUCCCUAGCAGGCGUCCAGCGGCUCUUGAAAGGCCAGCCGUUCAGAGUGAUACCCCGUUGCGUUAUUACGCAAGGAUCAGGAAAGCACCGCAUCAUUGACAACGCGGCGGAUGGAGGUCAGUCGGCUACUUCAGCGGAUUCCAAUAAGCUUGUGCUUUGUUCUCCGCUCCGGCCGGCCCAGCACUUACGUGCCACCAUCAGCUACAUGUCCGAGGCAGAGCUCUCGGCGGCCAGAGCCGAGGACGCCUGGCAGACAGGAGGCGAAGAUUGGCCGAACGCAUACCGCCACUCGCCUAUGUCCUCGGAGGAAUCCCGAGCCUGUGUGGUUUGCUUCUGGCACGAUGAGUGGCAGCAGCCUGCGUUCCAGGUUUAUGCCGGCCUGCUGUUCGGCCUUCCCUUGGUGGUGACCUCUUUCAACCGUUCGGGGCAGUGGGCAUUCGGACAACUCAACGCGCUGUUGGGUACCCCGUUUGCCGACUCCAAGAGGCAACCCAUGUCGCAUCGUGGGGAUUUCCUGGGCCUCGCGCACGAUAUGUCCCGUGCUCUCUCUGACGGCGUGGUGCGCUUUUGGCCGCGAGACAGAAUCGUACAGAAGGUCUCUUCCAUGCUAGCCGACGCAGAAUCAAGUUUGUGCCUGCACCCGGGCCAAGCCGCCAAGCUCUACGGCAUUUUGAACUUUUUCGAGCAAGGGGUGUAUGGCAAAGUCGGGGCAGGGAGCCUCUGGGCCAUCAAAGAGCGGCAAUACGAGGCGACCACGCAGCUUACACCCGACCUCCUGGACAACUUCCGGUACAUCCGAGCCAUCAUUCGAGCCAAGCCUCAACGGCAGCUGCCGGUGGUGCCGCUGCCAUGCGACCGGUUCGUGUGUGCCUCGGACGCAGCCGAGGAGCCAGACACCGGAGGUACCGGUGGCUUCCUCGUAGUAUGGUUCAGCGGGACGCACCAGACUCGCCAGGGCUUUGUGGCCGAUGUCCACCCUUGGUGGUACUCGGUGUGGCAGACAGCCGAGGUGCACAUUGCACAACUAGAGGUCUCCAUGGUGGCGUAUGCGUUGCUAGGGCUGCCGGAUCGUUUUCGGAACCGCCGCGGCAUCUGGUUCCUUGACAACGUGGCCUCGUUGAUGGCCCUUGUGAAAGGACGGUCUUCUUCCAGAGACCUCGAGAAUUUUGCCCACAUGGUACAUAUGCUCUUGCUCGGUCUCAAUACGCAGAUGUGGUUCGAGUACAUUCCGUCUAAGUCGAAUUGGGCUGAUGCCAUCUCCAGACUAGGGCGGGACGAUCCCUGGCAUGUCAGCCAGUCCUUCUCAACUUCGGUGAUCCGUUUUCCGCGAGUUGUGAGGGGGCUUCCGCCAGCUGCUUUGCUCACACUGGCGAGCUUUCUCUAG